CACAAAUAUGUUAUCUUCAAAACUUUUAAAAUCAUCAAAGGUUUUUGGUAUUAGAACAUUUGCCACUAAUACUAAAUUAUUCAUCAAUGGUAAAUUUGUUGAAUCAAAAACCAAAGAUUGGAUCGAAGUUAGAAAUCCAGCAAAUCAAGAACUUUUAACUCGUGUUCCAAUUUCAACUCAAGAAGAAAUGAAAGCUGCAGUUAAAGCUGCUGAAGAUGCAUUCCCAGCUUGGAGAGAUACUUCAGUUUCAAACAGAGCUAGAAUUAUCAGUAACUAUAAAAAUUUAAUCAAUAAAAAUAUGGAUAAAAUCGCAGCUAUCAUCACUGAAGAACAAGGUAAAACUCUUCCAGAUGCCAAGGGUGAUGUUUUCAGAGGUUUAGAAGUUGUUGAACACUCAUGCAAUGUUGCAUCAUUAAUGAUGGGUGAAACUGUUGAAAAUGUUUCAAACAAUGUCGAUAUCUAUUCAUACAUUCAACCAUUAGGUGUCUGUGCUGGUAUUACCCCAUUCAAUUUCCCAGCUAUGAUUCCACUUUGGAUGUUCCCAUUAGCUAUUGCUUGUGGUAACACCUACGUUUUAAAACCAUCAGAACGUGUUCCAAGUGCUUCAAUGUUCUUAGUUCAAUUAGCUCAAGAAGCUGGUGUACCAGAUGGUGUUAUUAAUGUUAUUCACGGUUCAAGAGACGCUGUCAACUUUAUUUGCGACGAUCCAGCCAUUAGAGCUAUUUCAUUUGUUGGUUCAGGUGAAGCUGGUAACUAUAUUCACGCUCGUGGUACUGCCAACGGUAAACGUGUUCAAUCCAACAUGGCCGCUAAAAACCACGCUACCAUUCUUCCAGAUGCCCAUAAAGAAAGAACUUUAGAUGCUCUUACUGGUGCUGCUUUUGGUGCCUCAGGUCAACGUUGUAUGGCUUUAUCAGCUGCCGUUUUCGUUGGUGAAUCUAAAAACUGGAUCCCAGAAUUAGUCGAACGUGCUAAGAAACUCAAAGUUUCAGGUGGUGCUGUACCAAGUACCGAUUUAGGUCCAGUUAUUUCCCCACAAGCUAAAGAAAGAAUCCACACUCUCAUCCAAAAAGGUAUUGAUGAAGGUGCCAAAUGUAUUUUAGAUGGUCGUAACGUUCAAGUCGCCCCAGAAUUUGCUAAAGGUAACUUUGUUGGUCCAACCAUUCUUACUGACGUCACCACCGAUAUGGUUUGUUACAAAGAAGAAAUCUUUGGUCCAGUCCUUGUUUGUCUCAAUGUUGAUACUCUUGAUGAAGCCAUUAAACUCAUCAAUGCUAACCCAUACGGUAACGGUACCGCUGUUUUCACUGCUUCAGGUGCUGCCGCUCGUAAAUAUCAACGUGAAAUUGAUGUUGGUCAAGUUGGUAUCAAUCUUCCAAUUCCAGUCCCAUUACCAUUCUUCUCUUUCACUGGUUCAAGAGGUUCAUUCGUUGGUGCUGGCCACUUCUACGGUAAAACUGGUGUCCAAUUCUAUACUCAAAUUAAAACUAUUACCUCCAAUUGGAGAGAUGAUAACAUCUCAACUGGUGUUUCCACCCACAUGCCAGUUCUCGGUGCUGGUAAACAUUAAAUAUUUGAUUUCACUAAUGUGUCCAAAUAUUUUACAUAAAAAUAUAAACAACAAAAAUAAACUAUUAAACGUAUAAAAU